UUCCCUUCCCUUAACAAAUAUGGCGGCCUCGGAUCCCGCCACGCAGGAUGGUACCCGGAACGCCCGCCCAGCCGUCACAAAACCGGAAGAAGCUGAUGGUGGCCGGCGAGGCCCAAACCUCCUCCGUAUCGUCUCUGCUUCACUUUCCCCGCCUCUUCCGCGGAAGCCGAGCGCCAAACUUAAACAGGCCCCGGAGGCCUUUCAGGCUAGUACCGCUGACCCGCCGGCCCGUUUGGAUUUUUCCGCACACCGGCCGGGGCAGGGGUUCAGCAUGAGCCAGAUUCUGUUCCAGCAACUCGUCCCGUUGCAGGUGAAAUGUAAAGACUGCGAGGAGAGGAGAGUGAGUAUCAGAGUGAGCAUUGAACUACAAUCAGUAUCUAACCCAGUUCACAGAAAGGAUUUAGUUAUCCGUCUGACUGAUGAUACUGAUCCAUUUUUUCUGUAUAACCUUGUUAUAUCUGAGGAAGAUUUUCAGAGUUUAAAAUUCCAGCAAGGUCUUCUGAUAGACUUCUUAGCUUUCCCACAGAAAUUCAUAGAUCUCCUUCAGCAGUGUACCCAAGAACACACCAAAGAAAUUCCAAGGUUUUUGCUACAGUUAGUUUCUCCAGAAGCUAUUUUGGAUAACUCACCUGCCUUUUUAAAUGUGGUAGAGACAAAUCCUUUUAAGCAUCUUACACACCUCUCACUAAAACUUUUACCUGGGAGUGAUGUGGAAAUAAAGAAGUUUCUAGCAGACUGUUUGAAAUGUAGCAAGGAAGAAAAAUCAUCAUUAACACAAACACUAGAUGACGUUACCAGGCAACUGAAUUUCACACAAAAGACAUUAUCGGAAAAAAUUCAAGAAUUAGAUAAGUUACGGAAUGAAUGGGCAUCACACACAGCAACAUUGUCAAAUAAGCAUUCUCAGGAACUGACAAAUGAGAAGGAAAAAGCUUUGCAGGCACAGGUUCAGUACCAACAGCAGCAUGAACAACAGAAAAAAGACUUAGAAAUCCUCCAUCAGCGAAACAUCCAGCAGCUACAGAACAGAUUGUCUGAGUUAGAAUCAGCUAAUAAAGAUCUGACUGAAAGGAAAUAUAAAGGAGAUUCCACCAUCAGAGAACUUAAAACAAAGCUGUCUGGUGUUGAAGAGGAGCUCCAGCGGGCUAAGCAAGAAGUCCUCUCUUUGCGAAGAGAGAAUUCUACGCUAGAUGCUGAAUGCCAUGAAAAAGAAAAGCAUAUUAAUCAGCUACAAACAAAAGUAGCUGUUUUAGAACAGGAAAUCAAGGAUAAGGACCAGCUUGUUUUAAGAACAAAAGAAGCAUUUGAUACAAUUCAGGAACAAAAGGUGGCUUUAGAAGAAAAUGGUGAAAAAAACCAGGUGCAACUAGGAAAAUUGGAAGCUACAAUAAAAUCAUUAUCAGCUGAACUUCUUAAGAAGUUACAAGGGGAUCUGAAGACUUUAAUGGGUAAAUUGAAACUGAAGAAUACAGUCACUAUUCCAGAGAAACUCUUGGCUGAGAAGGAAGAAAAAUUACAAAAGGAACAAAAGGAAUUACAAGAUGUUGGACAGACUCUCCGAAUAAAGAACAGGAGGAUUAACGUAUUUCAGGUAUGCAAAUUACAAGAACAGUUAGAAGCUACAGUUCAAAAGCUUGAAGAAAGCAAACAGCUGCUAAAAAAUAAUGAAAAAUUAAUCACAUGGCUAAAUAAAGAAUUAAAUGAAAAUCAGCUAGUGAGAAAGCAAGACGUAAUGGGAUCUUCUACCACACCACCUCUGCAUUCUAGUAUCAACACCAUCAGAAGUGGGAUUUCUCCUAAUUCUAAUGUGGUUGAGGGUAAACUGACUUACCCAGCUUGUGGAGUUGGUUAUCCUGUCUCCUCCGCAUUUGCAUUCCAGAACACCUUUCCUCACCCUUGUGCUGCCAAAAAUACUCUCCACCCUGUUUCAGGACCAAAGGUUCAGUUUAACUUGCAAUUUACAAAACCAAAUACAUCACUAGGAGAUGUUCAAUCAGGAACAGUUGUUAGUAUGGCUUCCUCAAUGGAUAAGGAAAAUGGUGAAAAUCUAGGGCUGGAAUCCAAAUAUCUGAAGAAAAGGGAAGAUAGCAUUCCUUUACGUGGGCUCAGCCAAAAUCUAUUUAAUAAUCCAGACCAUCAGAAAGAUGGCCCUCUAGGAGGGUUACAGACAUCUUCCAAAACCGCAGUGCUCCCUUCGGCAUCUUCAGCGUAUUUCCCUGGGCAGUUACCAAGCAGCUAACCCUCGUGUCAUCUUUUACUUUUCAUUGAAAUUUUAGAAAUCCAUGUGGUUUUAAAAAUACAGUAACAGCAUAGAUCAAAUCUGAACAAGCAAGUUUCAAAGAUUCCUUUAGGUACCAUAUUAACAUCGUUUGGUUUAAGUACUGCUCUUAUUUAUGCAGUUUAGAGAAGCAAUCUUGUACAUGAGGAUUGGUAAAGAUUCUGUUUUAGUUUGGAACAUGAUAUUUUAUAGAAUAAGUUUACGUAUGAAUUUUAUUAAACCAAUCCUUAGGAAUUUUCUGAGGCUUGAAGGAAAGUGUUGAUCCUUAUAAGGGACAUUCUAAUCAUAUUGAACAGCUCAGUAAAUUAAAACCUGUUCAGAUAUGAUAGUGUGAAACCAAAGAAUGCUAUCAAUUCCUUUUACCAUUUUGAUACAAUAUAAGUUUUAUGUUUGCCACCUGAGAAUUAUGAGGGAAAAUGAUUAUCUCCUGAGUUGUCUGUAGUAUUGAUGAUAUUUACAAUAAAGGGAAAAGUCCUUUAAUUACCUUAAAUGAAUGAAUGAAAUUCUUCAUAGCAAGUAUUUUCCUUGAAACCUUUACUACUAAGUAAUUUUGAUAAACUAUAAACAAAAUUGGACAAUCUAAUUACAUGAUCAGAUUAGGUACAAAUUGCUUUUAGUCAUUUGAACCACAGAGUUUAUGGGAUUUUAAUGCUUCCUGGAUGUCUAUACUCAUGCACUGUUUCCAUUUGGAGUUUUGUUACACAGUUAAAUUUAUGUUAGUGGAAUUUUCUUUUAAAAACUAGUGCUUACACAGUUAUAUAAAUUAUAUUUACUAUGAAAGCAUCAUGAAUAUUCAUUUUAUUUGUUUACAGUAUCAAAAUGGGUUCAUUUUCAUGUUUGCUUGUUAAGUAGGCAGAAUAAAUAACAAGUUACAACUUUCUUCUCUCACCUAUAAUUAAUAGUUUUAAGAAGUUUCAAGUUAAGAAUUGUUCCUUGAAAAAAUGAGGUGAUUUUAAAAAUUUUACCCAGAAUUAGUGUCCCAUUUUGUUUUCUUGUUGACAACUAUCCAAUAGUGAAUAGCAUUCUCUUAAGAAACCUCUAUGUCAGUUUUUAUUGCAGAGAUUGCUAAUGCUCAUGUGCUCUUUUAAGGAGUUAUUCUCAAGGAUUGAAUUACACAGAUGAGGAAUGAGACAUUUCAAUAUAUCAGUGACAUUACCAUUGUUACUGGCUUCCAUGGUAAGACAAAGAAUCUUUGCUAAUUUUUUCUUAUGAAGCCACAGUAUUGAGUCUUAGGAUACUUUGGAACUCUGCUGGCAACUUGUAAGCUGUCUUAAUUCAAAAAAAUUAACAACCAUUAUUAGGAAGUGACUUUUUAUGUAGUUGUCAUUUAGAUGUACUGUAUUAGUAAGAAUACUCAGUUAUAGUUAACUUGAAAGCACUGGUACUCUGGAAUUUUUGAAACUUCUUGGCAAUAUUGGAAUCAUUCUUGUAAAUAAUAUGUACUGUAUGUACUAUAAAACAUUGUGAGAAGGGUUUGGAUAGGAUACAUGAUACAGGUAGCUCUUCUUUAAAAAUAUAGGUAUCCUGGAGUUCCUGUUGUGGCUCAGCAGUUAACAAACCCGAGUAGCAUCCAAAGGACGCGGGUUUGAUCCCUGGCCUUGCU